GCUUUACCGAGGCCAGUCCAGUCUCUUUAAAAUCGUCGCGAAACAACCCCUUCUCGUUUUGUGCUGGCCGUGUGUGUCACGUCGUGUGUCCAUCGAGCUGAAACGUCGCGAACAGUCGCUCAUCGAGGUUGUGGAAAAAAAACAGGAGAGGAAAAAGGGGCCAGGUGGUGCAGCGCGCGUGGUUCGUGUGCAUCCCUAACUAUUCUUCGCCGAUCGACCGUCACAGCAGCAACGUUUUUAGGAGAUGGUGGGCCAGGAUCCAAAAAUUCAGAAGGAGGCGGCGGACCAAAACUUCGAUUACAUGUUCAAGUUGCUGAUCAUCGGCAACUCGUCCGUCGGGAAAACGUCCUUCCUGUUCCGCUACGCGGACGAUUCCUUCACCUCAGCCUUCGUAUCGACCGUGGGCAUCGAUUUUAAGGUGAAAACGGUCUUCAGACACGACAAAAGGGUCAAGCUACAGAUCUGGGACACGGCGGGCCAGGAGAGAUACAGAACGAUAACAACGGCCUAUUACAGAGGCGCGAUGGGCUUCAUUCUAAUGUACGACAUCACAAACGAGGAGUCGUUCAAUUCUGUACAAGACUGGGUCACGCAGAUCAAAACCUAUUCGUGCGACAACGCCCAGGUAAUCCUGGUUGGCAACAAGUGUGACAUGGACGAAGAGAGGGUGAUAUCCACCUUGAGGGGUAAGCAAUUGGCAGACCAAUUGGGUGUGCAGUUCUUCGAGACAUCGGCCAAAGAGAACAUCAACAUUAAGACGGUGUUCGAGCAGCUGGUGGACAUCAUAUGCGACAAGAUGAGCGAGUCCCUGGACAACGAUCCAAACUUGAUCGCAGGUGGAGUGGGUCAGGCGAAGGGUCAACGACUUACCGACCAGCCGACCAAUCCAACGGGUGACAAUUGUAAUUGCUAAGAUCGUGGAUGGCCACCGAAACGCUCUACAAGCAGAAUAAAUAAAAGUAAGGAAGACGAAGGAAAAGAAGAAGAAGAAAAAGAAGAAGAAGAGGAAAGAGGAAGAGGAAAUAUUAGAAGAGAAACGCGUGUAUGCCUGUGUAUACAUGUGUG